AUGUCUAACGCAGAUUUUGAUAGUCAAGACUUGAGUGGUCCAAGUGUGUUGGAUGGUGAUUACUUAACCAUGUUAAGUUCGUCCGACAAGUUAAUGUCGGGUGAAUAUGAAGCUAUUGAGCGACUGCAGGCUGAACUAGAUUUAUUUGAUGAUCCAAAUAGGACUGAAGAAGUCGUGGAACAAAUGGCUGUUGAAAAUCAUCUAGAUUUGAUUGAAGAAGAAGUUUGUAGUUUUACCGAAGAUGAGAUAAGAAUUAAAGAAGAAAUAGCAUUAGAAAAUCUUAUAAAUGAAGCUAAUAAUCAACCUCAGUUAACUGAAUCACAAAUUAAGUUAGAGACUAUAGAUUUAGAUGAAGAUGAAAUUGUAACUUUAAAACAAUCCCAAUCACAUUCUCAGUCGGAGAUGUUGUCUGUUGGUAGUUCAAGCGGCAUAAAAAGAAGUGCACCACAAAAUAUGCAUGGAAAUCAACAACCAAAAAAACCUUUGCUCACAAAAGUAAUGGUUAAUACAUUACCAAGUACAAGUACUGGAAGAAAUACUCAGCAGAUUUUAUUAAACGUUCCAAUUGGACAACGUCCACAAUUAGGUUCAACUAGGACCAUAACACUUACACAAGCUCGUCAAAUGGGUUUACUUACUCCAGGUUGUCGACUCCAAACUGUAACUUCAAAUUCAAGCACAACACAAAAUAAAAAUAUGGUAGUAAAUAAAAUUUCGGGGACAAUGAAGAAAGGGUCAACUAGUACCUUGAAGUCAUCUGGGCCAACCAAAAUCUUGCCAGCACCAACCCUAAUAACAACUAAAAGUCCAAUGAUGCAACAGCAAAAGAUUUAUAUACGACAAGGUAGUGUUUUCAAGCAAGGCACACUAGUGUCAACUAGCAAUGGUACAAAUCAGGUUAUAAGAUUACCAUCUAUUGUUAGCCAGUCAUCAUCACCAGCAUCAACUAUUCAACAUAUACGACUACCAACAGUUAAUGCUUCAACUGUUGCAGGUCUACAACAAGUUAGAAUGCCAGUAGUAAGCUCUGGAAUACAACAAGUGCUACCCAAUAAACAAGUUCAAUACAUAAGACUAGUACCCACAACAGCCACAAGUAGUUUAGGUUCUUCUACUGUAUCUGUUGUAACUACAACAACAGCUACAGCACUUCCAAAGCAACCUCAAAUAGUCACAUUAUCAACUUCUACACCAAAAUCAAACGUUAAAACUACAACUGUUGCUAAGACUUCCACAUCCAGCAAUCAACAGCCAGUUACAAAUCAGAUAAAAGUUUUUACUUCUUCCUCACAUACUGUGACAUCUAGUCAACAAAGACCAAUAUUACCUGCGAGUAAACCUAGUACUAGUGCAUCAGUAGAAUCAAAAAAACCUAGUAGUUCUAGUAUUCCAUCAAUAAACUCAACAAGUUCUAAACAAGUUUCGACUCCCUCCAAAGUCAUCAUUAAAGAAGAAUUUAUUGAUGAUAGUUAUCCUGUAAGAAAAGAAGAUAAAAAAGAAACAAACUUGACUACCCCAACUUUACCAAAGAUUGGGAGACCAUCAACUUCUACCCCACUUGUGGUAUCCGAAGCAAAACCUAAAUCAACGAGUGAUGUGAAUAAAACAAAAAAGCCUUGUAACUGCACUAGAUCACAAUGCCUUAAACUUUACUGUGAUUGCUUUGCCAAUGGUGAAUUCUGUUACCAGUGUAACUGUAAUUCAUGUUACAACAACAUGGAACAUGAAGAGGAUCGAGCACAGGCAAUUCGCUCAGUAUUAGAUAGAAAUCCAAAUGCAUUUAGACCAAAAAUCAAAAGCUUUGUUGGUCAAGCCGAACGACAGCAUACCAAAGGAUGUAAUUGUAAGAGAUCAGGAUGUUUGAAAAAUUAUUGUGAAUGCUUUGAAGCUCGUAUAGCAUGUUCACAAAACUGUAAAUGUAUUGGAUGUCGUAAUAUGGAGGACGACUCUCAUACCUCAUUUGGAGACCAUCCUGGAUCUCUAAGUGUUGAAAAUUUAAAAUCUAGAGCAAAAUCGGCUAAUUUUGUAACAUCAUUUGGUAGCAUGCAAGCUGCAAAUGCUAUACCAAGUCAACCAUUCAAAUUUUUUACUAAUGACGUAGUACAAGCAACAUGCCGGUGCCUUUUAGCUCGUGGCAUGGAAGCUAAGAAGCUAAACGCUGGUGCUGAGGAAUGCCAACGUAUAAUAAUCGAAGAGUUUGGACAAUGUCUUGUAAAAAUCAUGGACUUGGCGUCUGAAAAAUCUUUUUUAUAGUCAAAUAAAAUUAUUUAAAUUAUAUAUGUAUAGUCUACCUUAAUUUUAAAUUGAAUUUAGUUUGUGUAUGAUUGCUCGC